CGUUGGAGGAAGCAGCGAUACUGCCGAGCUGUAGAGCGGCGCUGGGACCCACGCUUCCUUGACCCUGCGGCUCCCCGGAGGCCAAGCGCGGCAGCGGUGGACAAAGGAGCAUGCUGGCGCCGAGGAGGGCGCGUCCUUCGGCCGCCAUGAGGCUCCGAGCACCGCCGGGCCCGCGCCGCGUCCCCGCCAACCCGGGCGCCGGGCCGGCCCGCUAGGCCAGCGCGCCGCCGCUCGGCCCGCAGGCCCCGGCUCGCAGCAUGGAGCCUCCAGGGCGCCGGUGGGGCCGCCCGACAACGCCGCCAGUGCUGCUACCACUAGCGCUGCUGGCGCUGCUGGGAGGUGGCCGUGGCGCACUGGCACUGCCCCCGGGUUGCAAGCAGGACGGGCGGCCCCGAGCGGCGGGCAGGGCGGUAGGUGCCACGGAGGGCAAGGUGGUGUGCAGCAGUCUGGAGCUCGCGCAGGUCCUGCCCCCGGAUACGCUGCCCAACCGCACGGUCACCCUGAUUUUGAGUAACAAUAAAAUAUCUGAACUGAAGAAUGGUUCAUUUUCUGGGCUAAGUCUCCUUGAAAGAUUGGACCUUCGAAAUAAUCUUAUUAGUAGUAUAGACCCAGGUGCCUUUUGGGGACUGUCAUCGCUAAAACGAUUAGAUCUGACAAAUAAUCGAAUAGGAUGUCUGAAUGCAGAUAUAUUUCGAGGACUCACCAAUCUGGUUAGAUUAAACCUUUCCGGGAAUUUGUUUUCUUCAUUAUCGCAAGGAACUUUUGAUUAUCUUGGCUCAUUACGGUCUCUAGAAUUCCAGACUGAGUAUCUCUUGUGUGACUGUAACAUACUGUGGAUGCAUCGCUGGGUGAAGGAGAGGAACAUCACUGUGCGGGACACAAGGUGCAUUUACCCGAAGUCGCUGCAGGCCCAGCUGGUCACCGGGGUGAGGCAGGAGUUGCUGACCUGUGAUCCUCCCCUUGAGUUGCCGUCUUUCUACAUGACGCCUUCACAUCGACAAGUCGUGUUUGAAGGGGACAGCCUUCCCUUCCAGUGCAUGGCCUCCUACAUCGACCAGGACAUGCAGGUCUCGUGGUACCAGGACGGGCGGAGAGUUGAGACGGAUGAGUCGCAGGGCAUCUUCGUGGAGAAGAACAUGGUUCACAAUUGCUCCUUGAUUGCCAGUGCCCUAACCAUUUCUAAUAUUCAGGCUGGAUCGACUGGAAACUGGGGCUGUCACGUCCAGACCAAGCGUGGGAACAAUACGAGAACCGUCGAUAUCGUCGUAUUGGAAAGCUCUGCACAGUACUGCCCUCCCGAGAGGGUGGUGAACAAUAAAGGUGACUUCAGGUGGCCCCGGACGCUGGCGGGCAUCACCGCCUACCUGCAGUGCACGCGGAACACCCACGGCGGCGGGAUCUAUCCCGGGAACCCACAGGACGAGAGGAAGGCUUGGCGCAGAUGCGACCGAGGUGGCUUUUGGGCAGAUGACGACUAUUCUCGCUGCCAGUAUGCAAACGAUGUGACUAGAGUUCUCUAUAUGUUUAAUCAGAUGCCUCUCAAUCUUACCAAUGCUGUGGCCACGGCCAGGCAAUUACUGGCGUACACCGUGGAAGCGGCCAACUUUUCUGACAAGAUGGAUGUUAUAUUUGUGGCUGAAAUGAUAGAAAAAUUUGGGAGAUUUACCAAAGAGGAAAAAUCGAAAGAGCUCGGGGACGUGAUGGUGGACAUCGCAAGCAACAUCAUGCUGGCAGAUGAGCGCGUCCUGUGGCUGGCGCAGCGGGAGGCGAAAGCCUGCAGCCGAGUGGUCCGGUGCCUGCAGCGGAUCGCGACCCACCGACUAGCCAACGGCGCACACGUUUAUUCCACAUAUUCGCCCAACAUCGCCUUGGAAGCGUAUGUCAUCAAGGCUGCCGGCUUCUCUGGGAUGACGUGUACCGUGUUCCAGAAAGUGGCCGCCUCUGACCGCACCGGCCUUUCCGACUACGGGAGGCGGGACCCAGACGGAGGCCUGGAUAAGCAGCUGAGCUUCAAAUGCAACGUGUCAAAUACGUUUUCCAGCCUGGCGCUGAAGAAUACCAUAGUCGAAGCGUCUAUUCAGCUUCCACCAUCGCUGUUCUCGCCAAAGCAGAAAAGAGAAGUCAGACCCGCUGACGACUCGCUCUAUAAGCUCCAGCUCAUCGCCUUCCGCAACGGAAAGCUGUUUCCAGCCACGGGGAACUCCACAAACUUGGCGGAUGAUGGAAAACGGCGUACGGUGGUCACCCCCGUGAUUCUCACCAAAAUAGACGGCGUGAAUGUGGACGGCCACCGCGUCCCCGUUAAUGUGACGCUGCGGCGCAUCGCGCACGGGGCCGAUGCGGUGGCCGCGCAGUGGGACUUCGACCUGCUGAACGGACAAGGAGGCUGGAAGUCGGACGGGUGCCACAUCCUCUACUCGGACGAGAAUAUCACUACCAUUCAGUGCUACUCCCUCAGCAACUAUGCGGUGUUAAUGGACUUAACAGGAUCGGAACUCUACACCCAGGCCGCUGGCCUCCUGCACCCUGUGGUCUACACCACGGCUGUCAUUCUUCUCUUGUGCCUCUUAGCGGUCAUCGUCAGUUACCUGUACCACCACAGUUUGAUUCGAAUCAGUCUCAAGGGCUGGCACAUGCUUGUGAACUUGUGCUUCCACAUUUUCCUGACCUGUGUGGUCUUUGUGGGAGGAAUAACCCAAACCAGAAACGCCAGCGUUUGCCAGGCGGUUGGAAUACUUCUUCAUUAUUCUACCCUUGCCACGGUGCUAUGGGUGGGGGUAACAGCCCGAAACAUCUACAAACAAGUCACGAAGAAAGCUAAAAGAUGCCAGGAUCCUGAUGAACUGCCACCUCCCCCCAGACCAAUGCUCAGGUUUUACCUGAUUGGAGGCGGUAUACCCAUCAUUGUUUGUGGCAUAACAGCAGCAGCAAACAUCAAGAAUUACGGCAGUCGGCCAAGUGCGCCCUAUUGCUGGAUGGCGUGGGAGCCCUCCUUGGGAGCCUUCUAUGGGCCUGCCAGCUUCAUCACUUUCGUAAACUGUAUGUACUUCCUCAGCAUAUUUAUUCAGCUGAAAAGACACCCUGAGCGCAAGUAUGAGCUGAAGGAGCCCACGGAGGAGCAACAGAGGUUGGCAGCCACGGAAAACGGCGAAGUCAACCAGCCGGAUUCGAUGUCUUUGUCUCUGAUUUCCACAUCAGCCUUGGAAAACGAGCACACUUUUCACUCUCAGCUUUUGGGGGCCAGCCUCACUUUGCUCUUAUAUGUCACUUUGUGGAUGUUUGGGGCCUUGGCUGUCUCUUUGUAUUACCCUCUGGACUUGGUUUUCAGCUUCUUUUUCGGAGCCACGUGUCUGAGCCUUAGCGCGUUCAUCGUGGUUCACCACUGUGUCAAUCGGGAGGACGUCAGACUUGCAUGGAUCAUGACCUGCUGCCCAGGCCGGAGCUCGUACUCAGUGCAGGUCAACGUGCAGCCUGCCAACGCCACCGGGACGAAUGGCGAGGCCCCGAAGUGCACCAACAGCAGCGCGGAAUCUUCAUGCACCAACAAGAGCGCCUCGAGCUUCAAAAAUUCGUCUCAGGGCUGCAAACUGACCAACCUGCAGGCUGCGGCCGCCCAGUGCCGUGCCAAUUCUCUGCCUUUGAACGCCACACCUCAGCUUGAUAAUAGUCUGACGGAACACUCGAUGGACAACGAUAUUAAGAUGCACGUGGCCCCACUGGAAGUUCAGUUCCGAACAAACGUGCACCCAAGCCGCCAUCAUAAAAACAGAAGUAAAGGACACCGGGCCAGCCGGCUGACAGUCCUCAGAGAGUACGCCUACGACGUCCCCACAAGUGUGGAGGGCAGCGUGCAGAAUGGCCUACCGAAAAGUCGGCCGGGCACCAGCGAGGGCCACUCGAGGAGUCGGAGAGCUUACCUGGCCUACAGAGAGAGACAGUACAACCCGCCCCAACCAGAUAGCAGCGAUGCUUGCAGCACGCUCCCCAAAAGCAGCAGAAAUGUGGAAAAGCCAGUUUCGACUAGUGGCAAAAAAGAUGCUGUAAGGAAGCCAACUGCAGUUGAACUCGAAAGUCAGCAGAAGUCUUAUGGCCUCAACUUGGCCGUUCAGAACGGACCGAUCCAAAGCAGCGGGCAGGACGGGGCCUUGCUGGGUACGGACAGCACCGGCAACGUGAGGACUGGGUUGUGGAAACACGAAACUACUGUGUAGUGGAGACGGCUGCCUGGGCAGAGCCCCGAGCGGGCUCGCAAAGUCACAUUCCUUUAAGCUACGAACACGUCAGAACACACUGUUUACAGCCCCCUUAGGAAUUCAAGAGGAAUUUGAAUUAACUUCAGAGUUGUGGAUUUUACUUAUUUUCUAUGCCCCCGUUGUUGCUGUUUUAAGGAAAGAAAGAAGACCUCUGAAGCAUCGUUUUAGUUGUCAAACCACCAGCAGGACCUUUUGGGAAUCUGAGACGUAGUGUUUUGAAAUCUGUAAUAGCAACUUAACAUUUCAGACUUGUAUUUAAUACAAUAAAUAGGUGUUUGUCAUUGUG